AUGUCCUUAAAAGAAAUGUCAUUAUUUGCAUUUUUGACAAUUUUUGCCCUGUCACUAGCAGUCCAAGCUGCCGAAAAAGAAGAUCUUUUGAGUGGUACUUUGAGAGUAAUAUUUGCCAAUAUAUUCAAACCCACAGCCAUGAGUGUAAGUGUUAUAGUCAACAUUAGUGGUCAUGAUAGUUUUAACAUCAACCAAGAAAUAUUGGACAAAGUAAUGCUCAUUAAUAAGAAUAUACAGGUGCCAGUGGCCAUAAAUCAAUAUACAGCCUUAGAUUUGGUGAAUUUUAUUCAUGCAAAAUUAAUAUUCACCAAUUCGGCGGAAAAUAUCAGAAUGCGCGUGGAAAAUCUUUUUCAUAAUAAUGAAAUUCAAAGUGUAACAUCCAAAUACGUAAUUGUUUUAAACACUCAAGACUCUAUGCGUGAAAACCUUAUUGUAAUGCAUGAUAUAUUUCAAGAUUUCUUUAAUUUUUAUAUUAUCGAUGUUAUCAUAUUGGUAUAUGAUGAAAGCUCUUUGCAUAUGUACUCAUACAAACCGUACAGCAGCAAACAUUGUGCUUUUACCAAACCCGUAUUGUUGCAACGUUUCGAAAGAGUUCCCGAAUUUCUUUUAUAUCACGAUUUGUUUCCUGUUAAAACUAAGAAUUUUCAUAAAUGCCCCUUGAAAGUAGUUCUUUGGAAUAUACCACCAUUUAUGGAGUUAACAUAUGAAAAUAAUUUGGUAAAUUUUAAGGGUUUUGAUGCGAAAGUGUUGAAAAAUUUGGCGGCAUUUUUGAAUUUUUCAAUUGAGAUUAUACCCAAUGAUCCUCAAAGUUUUAUUGGUGGUGAAGUUUUUCAAAAUAAAACAACAGUGGGAGUUUUUAAAUUGCUUUUGGAACGUAAAGCAAACCUUACUAUUGGAUACAUUGGAUGCAAGCCACUUCGCUUGCAAUUAACUACAGGUUCCAGCCCAUAUUUUAUUUCAAAAGUCUUAAUUAUGUUAAAAAACUCUAAGCGAUAUUUUAAACUAAAACAAGGUUUCCUUAAGCUCUUCAAACUACAAUGGUUAUUAUUGAUUUUCUUGCUGCGUAUAUCCUACGAAGGUUCCAUUUUUCAAGCUAUACGCAAAUCACCAUAUCAGCAUUUACCACUAACUAUAGAUGAAGUGGUGCAGCAAAAUUAUUCAUUAAUAACGGACUAUGCCAAUGGUCGAUUAUUAAAUGAACUAACUCUUCUUAAGAACAUCACAACAAUUGUACCGGGAAAUCCUCAAACCGUUCUGGAAUCAAUAGAUGACUUGCCUUUAAAAACGGGUGUCUUAAGCAGUGAUAAUUUAGUUGCUAUAUUUAUGAAAGGUAGACUUGGUAAUAUUAGUGAUUAUGCCAUUGUUCGCGAUAAGGUUUUUAAUACCAUGAGUUGUGCAUACUUUCCCCGUUUAUCAUUUAUGGCACCCAUGGUAAAUUCACUAUUUAAACAAUAUGGAAUGUUUGGGAUAUUUUACAAAUUUGGAAAAGAACUGGGUUUAGAAAAUUUGCCUAUGACUACUGAUCAUUUGAGAAGACGUUACAGUUGGAAUCCACAAACUGCUUUAGAUUUGGCAUUACUAAAUACAGUAUUUAGAUGUUAUGCAGUCAUGAAUGUAUUAGCAGCGCUGACAUUUGUAUUGGAACUUUUAAGUUUACAUUGUAAUAAAUUAAAGUGGAUUUUUACAAAAAUAUUUGUAUAA